GAGCAGCGGGAGCUCACCAUGGCCCUGGCAGAGCCCGCGAGCUGUGCCAAAGGCGGCGAGGACAGCAGCCCCUUCCCCGAGAUCAUCGAGCUGAACGUGGGCGGGCAGGUGUACAUCACCCGGCUGCCCACGCUGCUCAGCGUGCCCGGCUCCCGCCUCUGGCAGAUGUUCACGCAGCAGAGCACGCGCUCGCUGGCCCGCGACAGCAAGGGCCGCUUCUUCGUGGACCGGGACGGGUUCCUGUUCCGCUACAUCCUGGAUUACAUGAGGGACCAGCAGCUGGUGCUGCCCGAGCACUUCCCGGAGCGCGGCCGCCUGCAGCGCGAGGCCGAGUACUUCAUGCUGCCCGAGCUGGCAAAGCUGCUGGUGCCCAAGCUCAGCGAGCAGAACUCGCUGGGGGACGAUCCGUGCCAGAGCGACCCCGAGGAGCCGUCCCCGGGCGCGGAGGCCGCGCGCAGCCUGGGCUCGGCCGCUGCCGCCGCUCUGCCCAGCGCGGGCACCGAGGGCCGCAGGGCAGGGUUCAUCACCAUCGGCUACCGCGGCUCCUACACGCUGGGCAGGGACAGCCAGACGGACGCCAAGUUCCGCAGGGUGGCCCGGAUCAUGGUGUGCGGCAAGACCUCGCUGGCCAAGGAGGUCUUUGGGGACACCUUGAACGAGAGCAGGGACCCGGACAGGCCCCCGGAGAGGUACACGUCCAGGUACUACCUCAAAUUCACCUUCCUGGAGCAAGCCUUUGACAAACUGGCCGAUGCCGGCUUCCACAUGGUGGCCUGCAACUCCACGGGCACCUGUGCCUUCGCCCACGAGCAGACGGACGACAGGAUCUGGACCUCUUACACCGAAUAUGUUUUCUAUCGUGAGUGACACAAAACCAACCCUCCGCCAACCAGCUGCUGACUGUCCCUUCCCCGUCCCGUGCUGGCUGUGGCCUAGAAGGUAGAGAUCGACCCAUCCCCGAAUCCCGGCGUCCUCCCUUUGCCUUCUUUUCAGUUGCUUCUUGGGUUUUUUCCCUCCUCCUUGCUCCACGUUGAACCUGCCCGACUCUUCCUUGUAGCAGCUGCUGACCACCAACCUUCCUCCCUCUCCGUGACCUCUGCAGUCGCUCCCAACCCUCCCUGGAUGUGCGGACUCGGACACUGCUGUGGA